UUAAAAGUCUACUUAUUAAACACUUACUAAGAUCGACCAGUGGUGUGAAACAACAUUUAUUCAUCAUGGAGAAUUCACCGAAUGAUGAAUAUACUUUAAAGCACUUAUAUUAUCCACUCAAUAUAUCAGAUGAUCAAGAUAUGAGUGACAAUAAAAAGACCGCAAUGAGAAGGAGCAACAGUAUAGAUGCUUUUUUUGAAAAGCAAAAGAAAAAGAAGAGACAGUCAAAGUCUUCAUGUGUAGCGCAAGCAAGUGACGGGGGCCUAUCAUAUAUCUCAUCCAACGACGAUGACAGUAUCAGUGCAACACAUCUAAUCAAAAUAGACAUCUAUGACAUGAAGAGUCUUAAAGAUGUUUCGCCUCUUGAAUACUGGAAAUAUGCAGAUUUGCGAUUAAAGUACUACGUUGAAUCUGCUGGUGAUAAGCACUAUCAAAGCAUGCGAGAUAUUAUAUACAACAUUACAAAGCAAAUCGCUGGGAAGCAUGACUGUAAAAAAUACUUUAUUGACAGAGAUAACCAGAAACAAUAAGUAUUCUCUGAACCAGCGGUCGGUAAACAUCACAAAGUAAAAAGACCCUCUAUACGAACCCAUGAAAACUUAAGUGCUUAUUACCUGUAUUUUAAAAAUAUUUUUCUUUAUCUAUUUGCUAUCCCCACUGCUUCAUGCAAGCGAAACUAAUAUAAAAGCUAUCCUUUUUCUUAAAUGUACUUCUGAGGAGGAGUUGUUGUUGAGUUAAAUGAGGAGUUGCUCGAGCUGCCAUCGCGUGCACACCUGUGCACCGGCGUUCGGGCCCGUCCUAGUGUUCGGUCACUGC